AUGGAGAACUUUAAUGCCACUUACGAGCCGGAGCAACUUCUUCACAAAUCUGUAGGGCUGGAUCUCUCCGAAAGCGGUGGCGAGAUGAACCAGUUGGGAGGACACUUCGUGAACGGACGUCCACUGCCAAAUCACACUCGAACCAAGAUCGUGGAAAUGGCCCGAGAAGGAACGCGUCCAUGCGACAUCUCGAGACGGCUGCGCGUCAGCCACGGCUGCGUCUCCAAAAUACUUCAACGGUUCAACGAGACUGGCUCAAUCCUUCCCGGUUCUAUUGGCGGUUCGAAGCCGCGGGUGACUACUCCGCAGAUCGUCAACAAAAUCAGAAGCUACAAAAGACUCGAUCCAGGAAUGUUUGCCUGGGAAAUCAGAGACCGUUUGAUAGAAGACAAGGUGUGCGACGGGAAUUCUGCUCCUUCUGUAUCUUCCAUUUCACGCAUUUUGCGCAACAAAAUCGGCAACAUCUUCUACUCCAGGCAGGAAGACGAAGACGAGACACCACCAGCGAAGAGUCAGCGAACUCGUAAAAGAAACCGACCGCAGCAGGACCCUUCUUUUGUUCAAGCAAAACAAGAAAACAAACUCUACUCUCCACCGCCGAGCGUAAAUCACCUUCUUGGCGCGAGCGCUAACUCUACCGGACGUUUCAUCGCUGGCAGUCCUGGAAGCUCUCUCUCCGAAACGUCUGGAUCUUCUACUCCCGGCCAGGUCUUUCCAAAGCAAGAGCCGGAUUUAUCCGCUCAGAUCUGUCCGAUCCCUCUGGAGCACCAAACUGCGUACCCCGCUUAUCACCAGCCCUUUCCUUACUACCCAAUGCCUUACCAACCGCAGCACCACCACCUCAACGCGCAACAUGGACACCAAAGCGCGAGUUACGAAGCAGCUCAUUGCUUCGCGCAAAACCACAAGUUCUUCAAUGGCCUUCCGCUGAAUCACUACAUCAGUUUCGAGCAACAAAACGACAUUAUGAACAACACACAGCUCUGA